AUGUCGGGAGAAUAUGGCGGGUGCGGUAACGUUUCCCAGACGAGUUCAGAAAUUUUUUCUUGGGUCACUUUUGCGGUAUGAGGCUUGGUGUUAUCCUGUAAGAAUAUCACUUUCUUCCGAUUCAUCAAAGAAGGCUGUUUCUGGAUGAGUGCUGCUUGUACUCGUUGAACCUUGUCACAAUACAAGUUAGCACUGGUGGUUUUACCUCUUUCCAAAAACUCAUAAUGGACAAUUCCAGUUGCUGUCCACGAACGCUUAGAAUUCGAACACAAGAUCCAUUUUUCGUCGCAGGUUAAUAACCGAUUAAGAAAUGGUUCAUUAGCGUUGAGUGAAAUGUUUGCUGAACAAAUGGUAAGACGACUUAAUUUCUGAUGAAGAUGCAAACUAAUAGUUUCAGGACUCACUCUGAACAUUACUGCAAGUUCUUGGCAGGUUGUCCUGGAAUUUGCGUCCACAACCUGUCGAAGAUCCUCGUUGUUCAUGAUUUUUGGUCUCUCUGAGCGCG